AUGGCGGAUGGACACGUUUUCCUAGCUCCGAAGGCUGAUCGCUUUAUCUCCAGGCCGCGGCUUGUUAGGACCAGUUCCUUGCCUGAUUUGAGUAAAGUACAUACUGACUCAACUCUGGUAGUCGCUGAUCAGAUUAAUAACAAGAAUAUGUCUACUUCUGUACCCGAAUACGGUUCGCUUUCCUCGUCCUUUGAAAUGAGCGAAAUGGCUGCUAUCAAGAAUGCAUUAAAUGGACGGUCCAUCAACUCCCUGAAGGUGAAAGAUCUAAGGGACGAACUUGAAAAAAGAAAGCUCUCUAAAUCUGGCAGGAAAACUGAGCUGGUUAAAAGACUCAAGGAGUCGAUUUUGUCAGGAUCUGGUGAAAUUCAAAUUCCCCGCCAGAAUGUCAACCAACCGUCACCUCGGCCUUCGGCUGUUAUAAACCUGGACGACACUAGCAGCAGCCCAGAACAACAGAGUCACACAUGCAAUGGCUACAAAUCCCUUAAAGAUCUAUACGACCGCUUGGAAAAUGAGGUAAACAAACUCAAAGACUCGUAUAGAUCUCGAUUAACGGACAGUAGAGAAAUACAGUCAACCUGUAAAUCAUGUCAAAAUCAACAACGGAUACAGGAAGAAAAUCGCGCUCUGCGAGAGCAACUUCAGCUAAUGAAGGGAAAUCUAGAUAAAACAAAAGAGGAGCGAGAUUCCCUGCAGAUGGUAGUAUCAUUGCUAAGCAAGGAGCUAUAUAACUUUCGCCUUGACA